CGCGCGUGCACACCGAAGGGGCUACUGUAGAGCCGAUUUUCGAUGUUUAUGAGGUCCUACUAAAACUGUGUUGAAGAUGCCUACUGACAAGGCUCAAGAAUCUCCUAGGAGUCUACAGCACUUAUCUUUUAAAACGACAGAUAAAUCCAGAUCUAAAGUGCUGGCCCCCCGAAAUCCAAAACUGGUUAAGCGGGAUGGAAGGAAAAUAAAGUUAAGUCCUUCUACUUUUAUGCAAGAAAUGGCCCAGACUACAGAACAGAGGUUAGCAAAUACUCAUGAGAUGUAUCCACCGCCAAUCCUUGAGCUUUUUGAUAUGAGUGAAACUACUCAUCAGAAGUUUUCCAUGGUGGAUGUAGACCAACCCUUAUUCCAGCCAUUCCCAUCUGAGAUCUGGUUUCAGAAUUAUGCACCAUGUGAAACAUAUGACUUCCCCUUAGCUUUAAGGAACAAUGAUAAGAUUCCACGGCUUGUUAAAGUCAUCCAGGAGGAUUCUCCCUACUUCAAAGUUGUCAGCCCACUGGACGUGUGUAACAAAGUGGCUCCAGGAAUGGCAUCGAUUUUCCACAUUUUAUUUACUCCAGAAGAGAACAAGGAUUAUACCCAACAGCUAUUAUGCAUCACUGAACGAGAAAAAUUUGUGAUACCAGUAAAGGCCAUCGGAGCCCGUGCCAUCUUGGACUUUCCCGAUCAGCUUAACUUUUCUAACUGUCCUGUGAAGUGCUGUUGUCAGAAAACACUUCUUGUGCGCAACAUUGGAAACCGUGAGGCCAGGUUCACCUUAAGCACACAAAGUCCUUUCUCAGUGGACCCUGUCAUGGCAACUCUUGGAAUUGGAGACAGUAUGCAGGUGACAGUGGAAUUUCUUCCUAAAUGGAAUGGUGAUCACAGUGAAGAUCUCAUUUUGCACUAUGACACAGGUGAAGAUAUUUAUAUCGCCUUGUACGGCGCAGCAUCAGAUGUAAAUGUUCGGCUCAAUAAAAGCUCUGUCAUAAUCGAGAAGACGUAUGUGUCCUUGACUAAUCAGAGAUCACUGACCAUUUACAACAGGAGUGAUAUAAUAGUUCACUACAAAUGGAAGUCUUUGGCCACACAAGAAGAAGAGGAUGAAGAAAAAACGAGGUUAACUUCAGAUCUACAGAGGCAGGAGGAGACUGAAAUGGACCGCUUCCUAGAAGAGUGUAACGCAGACCCCACCCUACGAGAGAGAAUCUCUGUCCUUUCUAGAACUUUCCAGAAUCAGUUACGAAAACUACAGGAAAAGCAAAUGAUUUUCACUGAUGAUGUUUUCUCAAUGGAACCUGCGGAGGGUGAGAUAUGGCCAAAUUCUACUGCUGAAGUGAAUAUUCUCUUCAAGCCAAAAGAAGCAAAAUUGUAUCAGCAAAAUGUGUACUGCGACAUUACAGGUCGAGAAGCACGUCUAUCUCUCCGAAUUAAAGGGGAAGGCAUUGGUCCUAAACUUGUUUCCAGCUUUGAUAAACUGGAUAUGGGAAACAUUUUUGUUGGCUCCAAGCACAGCUAUGAGGUACUUCUUGCUAACAAAGGGGACAUUGAUGCAAUUUUCACCUUGGUACCUCCAGUCUCUGCCUUAGGGGCCUGCUUCACCUUUAACCCUAGUGAAGGGAUUGUCCUUCCAGGUGGCUUUCAGGCCAUCCAUGUUAACUUCUCCUCAGGUAUUCUCGGGGACUUCCAGGAGGAUUUUCAGUUCUCUGUAGACAGCAGUCCGCAGAAUAUAUCCAUCACUUUCAGGGGAUGUGUCAUCGGCCCCACAUUUCAUUUUAAUAUACCCGCUUUGAAUUUUGGGGAUGUGCCCUAUGGUUUUCCUCAGACCUUAAAUUGCUGUCUGAAUAACACAUCUUUAGUACCCAUCAUGUUUAGCUUGCGCAUCCCAGGUGAUGGCUCUGCAGAUACAAGCAUGACAAGCACAACUCAGGUUGCAGACAUGAGCCGAACCAGUUGGAGAAGCAAUUCCCAGGCUUUAAAUUUAAGAGAGUUCACUGUCACCCCAAGCAGAGGAACCAUUCGAUCACUAAGCCUGAUGGAUGUGGAGGUGACUCUUUGUUCCAACACUGUCAAACAGUAUGAGGUGGCAUUAGUGGUAGAUAUUGAAGGUGUUGGGGAGGAAGUUUUGGCUCUUCCAAUUCUUGCCAGGUGUGUUAUCCCUCCCCUGCGCCUGGUGAGCCCAGUUUUGGAGUUUGGCCGAUGCUUUCUUGAUUACCCAUACCACCACGCCAUUAAGGUGGCUAAUGACAGCCGUUUGCCAGCAUGUUGUGGUCUGCUUCCUCAGGAAUAUGAUGAACAUCCCCCCGUGCUGUACUCAAGCUCAGAAUCACGGGGUAUAGUCCAGCCCAACUCUACAUUGAACAUUCCACUGGUUCUACUGGCCAAGAUGGUGGGCAAACUGGACAUUGUGGCAAACAUUGCUAUUUUUGGCAGUGAAGAUUUACCACUUAAGGUACGGUUGGCUUGCAUCGGAGAAGGACCUGUAGUGCAUGUCAGUUCCAUGGAGGUGGAUUUUGGGAAUAUUCCAGUACUGAAGGAUGUGUCCAGAACACUAAAACUUUCAAAUCAGUCUCCAAUUGCAGCAAGUUACCGAGCAAAAAUGGUCAGCAGCAGAUCCUUAUGGAGAGUUGAACCCUGUGAAGGUGUGGUGCCACGAGAAGGAGAGACUGAGAUCAGCCUUGUAGCCAAUGUAGAUGACACGGUGCGUUUCCAGGACAAGCUUCACCUUAUUAUUGAAAACAGCCAGACCCACACUAUUCCAGUUGCAGCAACGGGGACGGGCACCACCAUUGUUUCUGACAAACCGCUUGCUCCAGCAGUAAAUUUGGGUGCUCAUUUCAGCUCUGGGUUGUGCCAGUACCACUUCAGGCUCACUAACAUGGGAAGGCGCUGUCACCAGCUUUAUUGGAUGACUGAGGGAUUUACUUCAUUCCGCAGGCGGGGGCCAUCCCCUCAGAGGAGUACAAAGAACAGUAAAUCUAAAAACUCUAGGAACACGGAAAACGGUCCUAAUCCAGUUUUUAAACUACACCCAAUGAGAGCUGAGCUUUAUCCAGGGCAGUCAAUUAACAUGGUGCUGGAGGGGUCUUCAGAGAUUCCGAAGGUUGUAAAGGAGAGGUUAAUUUGCCAAGCCAUCAUUGGAAAGCAGUCUGGAAAGGAGCAGAUUAUGAUGGUGGAUGUUACCUGCCACUUUAUUGCACCGGUCCUUGAUGUGUCAGCCAAACAAUUGAGUUUUUACCUGGAAAAGCACCCUGGUCAGGAGCUGAAGCCACAAUACAAGGCCCUUCUGCUGAGGAACGUUUCUUCAUUGUUGCUCAACAUGCAGCUGAUUCUGACUGAACCCUACGCUAUUUGUGACACGGAGGCUGAUUAUCUGCUUUGUACAUCUAAGAUGGUGAACCUUGGAGUGGGUGAAGAGUUCCACCUAAAUAUUCGAUUUGAUCCAACCUAUCACAAGGACAAACACAGCUGGGUAGCAGAGGAAUCCCUUACCAUUCAGUAUCUUGAGCAUCCUCAAAGGGACUAUGUGUCCCUAAAUGGAGUGGUCCAUUACCCCAACCUGCAUUUCUCCAGCAUGGAAGUCAAUUUUGGCUGCAUUGUCAAUGACACGGCAGUUUCCAGAACGGUAGAGAUGUCUAACAGUAGCCCUCUCCCUGUGAAAUACUUCUGGAGUUUAUUUGAAGAUAAUGGCCAAGACCAGAUCAGGGAUGUGGACUUGCAAAAGCUGACACUAAAGAAGGCUGAAGACUCAAGAAGUGAGGGAGAGAAGUCAGAUACAAAAGAAAACGAUGGGACCGCAUCUCCUAAAGAUCCGUCCCCUCGAAUUCACACCCUCAGCCUGCUCAAGGAGAAAGUCCUAUAUGGUGGUGACAACAUACUGUCCUUAUAUCACAGUCAGGAAUUUGCUCACAUGCCUUUCCAUCCAGAGCAGAAUGGGCCAGAUACAGACCACCAGGUGUUUGAUGUUUUUCCCGUAUAUGGAACUUUAGAACCCAAUGAAUCUCAGCAGGUCACAUUCACAUUUUAUGGCCGCAGUGAUAUAAGCAAACAAGUGAAAGCACUUUGUGAGAUAGAAGAAGGUCCCACAUAUGAACUCAGCUUAAAGGGUGAAGCUUCACUUGUGCGCUAUACCAUUGACAAAAAGGAGAUCGACUACGGUCAGCAGUUGUUUGACCAAGUGGCAGAAGCCGUGAUCACAUUGAAAAACACAGGAAGAGUCAAUUUUGAGUUCAACAUUUUAAACGUCCAACUGGCAUCCUCUCCUGAAAACGCCCAACCAGGACUUCCACUUGUCAUCCCUCAAUCUGGUCUUGUUGAGGCACUUACAGAUGUCAAGCUGUCUGUUUAUUACCUUCCUGGAAUCCCCGAGGCUUUCCACAAGAGCUUUGAAGUGCAAGCAUCCUACUUUGAACCUGAAGUUAUUAACCUAAGGGGAGAAGGCAUUUUUCCAAGGAUAUGCCUUGAUUUACCAAGAAAUCUAACAGGUGAUGAGAGAUAUCGACUCCUGUUGAAAGAAGCCAGAGAAUCAUUUGAGACAGAAUCCAAGAAGGAGGAGAUCUACAGUCAAGCCGGAGAGCAGUCUUUAGAUGAGUACACCCCUUCAUAUGACUGUCUUGUCCAGAUGGAGGUGGAGCGGUUACUGAUGAAAGAAUAUGCACUGGAGCAGUGGAGUCUCCAUUCAAACUAUAGUAGAGAUACAAGCAGCUCCCAAAAUUGGCAGAGGAAGUUGACAAAAUGUGAGCUACCAGAGUAUGUUCUGGACUUUGGCUAUGUUAUACAUAACACUUUGUGCACACACAUAGUCAAAGUGACCAACACAGGACUAUUGCCUGUUUCCUUCCAUGUUGAGAAACGCCAUCUGGCCAAUACAGGUUUCAGUACAGAGCUGGACAGAGUGAAAAACCUGCCGUACUGUGAAACUGAAACAUUCGAAGUGAGGUUUGACCCGUGUGGGUCUAGCCUGAAGCUGGGUGAUGUUGACGUCCUCAUGCCCAUACAGGUGGUGGGAGGGCCGGUCUUCCAGGUCCGCUUGCACGCUGUCGUCACCAUGCCCUCCCUCACACUCUCCGCUGACAUGCUUGAGUUUGAUUCCAUCCUGUGUGGACAGUGCCAAGUGAAGACCAUCCAGCUCUACAACCAUCUGCACGUGACGUGUGAGUGGGCAGUGGCUGAGGGGGUAAAGAAGAAAAAAGUGGUUGACAAACACAUUCCUUCUUAUUUACGACGCAAAGGUAAAAACAAAAUCAAAUCGAAACCACAAGUGUUUGAGAUGAUCCCCUCUUCUGGGACACUUCAACCAGGAGAACGUGUCAAUGUUCAAGUUAAAUUCAGCCCAACAGAAGAGAAACUCUUCAAUGAAUCUCUAGUGGUGUGCAUCUCACAGAGCAGUAAUCGCUUGAUGCUGUUGCUUCAAGGGAAUGGCCAGGAACCACAGUUGGAUUUCAGUCCUUCUGUGCUGCAGUUUGGGCCGGUCCUGCCAUACACCUAUGGAGAUGAGCUGGAGGUGACAGUCAAGAAUCCUUGUGCCUUUCCUAUUGAAUUCUACUCAUUGGAGUUUGACAAGCAAUACCUGGAAGAAGAGAAGAUUCUGCAGUUGUUGACAGGGUAUGAUUCUGAGAACAUCCUUCUCCUGCCUCCACGCAACCCUGGGGAGAAGCUUCCUCCUGAGAUACUGGAGUACUUUGAGGAAUGGAAAAGGCAGGAGGAGAGAGGCAAACGUGAAGAAGGUCCCAAGACAGAUGAAAACGAAGAUGGUGCUCCUCUGGAAUCUGGGACCAUUCAAGAGCCUACCACUAUUUCUGGACCUCAAGAGCAGGCUUCAUUCCAGCCUGUAGCCGAAGAGACAGAUGAGGCAUUGAGGGAAGGAGAAAUGACAAAGACACAAAUGGGAGCCUUAAGCACUAGUAACAGGGUGGGAGAAAUCGACAUGACCCCUGUGUCCAAAGCUAAUGCCAGACACAUGGGAGUUGACCUCUCUCUAGAAGGCAGCGCUGCGAGAAACAGAAGAGGCAUCGCCAUCAUUGUACAUGGUGGUCCGCUGUCAGGGAAGACCAGCACAGCAGUAACUCUGGCAAAACACUAUGGUAUACCUUGUUUGAAUAUUGAUGGCAUUGUCCUUGAGGCAGUAGCAAAUGGGAGCACCGUGGCAGGGCUUCAAGCCCGAGAGCUUUGUGCAAAGGCGGCACAAGAGCAGGCGCAGAAGAAGGCUGAGGAGGCAGCUACUCAUGCAAUGGACACUUUGGCCAGUCAGGCUCAAGGUGCGGGUUUCCUCAGUGUGGAAGCAGUAACCAAGCAUACUUCUGAAGGAAGUCAAGCCAGCGAAGGGAAGGUGGGUCCGCACUCUGCAGUCUCCGGACGAAAUAAAGUUAGUACGGCUGGUACCAAAGGAAGAACGGAGCACUCCUUGAUUCAAAAGCAACAUUCAUCUGAACCUACUGCUGCUUCGCAGAGUACAAGCGCUACAGUUACCACUAUGCUGCCCCAACGAAGACUAAGCAUCAGCGUCAGUGUGGCCGGAGAGACAGGACUUCUUAGCUGUGUGCUUCCUGAUGACCUUUUGAUUGAGAUUCUGGCAGAAAGACUUCAGUUAAACGAUUGCCAUCGAGGAGUUGUCUUUGACGGCCUGGAGACUCUUUACUCUCGCUCUCCAUCAAGUGCACUCUAUGUUGUCUUGAAAGCUAUUAACAACCGCAAGUACAUCUACAUGGUUGAGCUCAAACAAGACUAUGUUUCUUUCAAAGCCAGAGAAAAGGCCAAGAAAGAGGAGGAAGAGCAAAUUCUGAAAGAAAAAAUUCAGGCAGAAAAGGUCAGAAUUUCUGAAAUGGAUGAGGAGGAGUAUGAUGCACUUUCAGAAGAGGAGAGAGCCAAAAUUGAUCAAAAACACCUUGAGGGGCUACGGGAGCGGAAACGCAGAGAGCUGGAAAGACUGGCAAAAGAGCAGGAGGAGAAGAGACUACAGGAAGAGCUGGAGAGGCAGAGGAUGGAGGAGGAAAUGAUGAGGAAGAAGAACAGAAAGGGGAAGAAGGAGUCACUGCUGAAAGAGGAGAUGGCCUCUGGCAAAAAGAGUCAGCUUGGUGGGAAACAGGUGCCAAGUUCGGCUGGAGGGCGUGUGGACAAUAAAGGAGAGCAUUCCAUGGCAGAUCGGAAGUUUUCAGUUUUGGAACAUCCAGACAGCUUGCAGACUGAGCGCAGUGAAGCAGAAGAAAUUAACAAAAAGAAGAGGCUGAAGGACAACAAAAUCAUGGCAAUUGAAGAAGCUUCUACACCUUUGGGUGGCCCCGGAUCAUCGGAGGACACCGAAAAACAAUAUCCCUCAGAAAGUGAGAAGCAGCUUUUGCUGAGAUUCAGACUAUAUGAGCAAACCCAAAAGAACAUCUCUGAGACCCUUCAGCACUGGGAUCGGGUACAAGGGAUUCUAGCUUCUGCACUGAGUUUGGAGGAGAACAUGCAGGACACAGAGGAGGCGAGCAACUUAGAACAACAUCCAGUGCAGUCGGGCAAAAGAGGAAGAAAGGAUAGGGAGCGGGAAAAAGAGCGACUGGAAAAGGAGAAAGAGAAAGAGCGCUUAGAGAAAGAGAAGACAGACAGGUUAAAAAUGGAAGGAGAUAUUAAGAUCCACCACUCUCCUGCCUCCAGUCCUUUUGCAGAUGGAGAAAGUGGCAAUACAGCCUUCAAAGAGGGGCUGCAAAAAGGCAGGUGGGAUGUAGGUGUACCUCACAUUGUUUUGUCAGUGACUGGUCAAUCUGAUCCCAGUGGCAAGAAGGUUCUGAGCAGCGGAUGGCUACCCUCCCUCAAUGAGGUAUUAGAUGGCUUGGGUCUGGGCCCAAGUGGCCCACCGAUUCCACCUGCCUCUAUAUUUUCAGUAAUACCGUAUCCACUCAAACGUGCCCCCUUAAGUGGCCGGGACACCCUAAAACAUUUUACUUUAUUGAUGCCAUUAUCAGAGGAGAAUAUUGAGGACAAGAAGGAGCUAGAGGCUGAAGUUGACACAAUUACCUCCAUCUCCUCAGUGAAGGAGGAUCAAGUGACCCCCACCAAAGGUCGAGCAAAGAAAGACAAACCCGAAGCAGGACGCGACAGUCAAAAGGAGAAGGAGAAACACCGUCCUUCAGGCACCAAGAAGAGUGUUCGAGGAAGCGAGACUCGCUCACCUCUGUUAGGAGCACUGACUCCGCUUUCGGAUGCCGACCAAAGCAGUUACAAUUUGGAGACACUCCAAGAAAAAGGAAAUAGGUUGAAUACUUUUCGUUGGAUUGUCCCUGCCAACGGGGAGGUCUGUUUGAAAAUCCACUUCACCUCCAAUUCCGUGGGCCAGUUUGACCAGACGCUGAACUUUGAGUUACUGGGAACCAAACGGCGCUAUCAGCUGUACUGCCGGGGCAUCUGUGCCUACCCAGCAAUUAGCAAAGACCCAAAAACGGUGUUUCCCAGCCGUAGAAAGGUAGCUUUGCCCAAUGAAAUAAUCCAAAAGAAAUACAUUUUGGCAUCUGAGGUAUUUGAGUUUGGUCCAUUGCUCUGUGGAAAAUCAAGAGACAGAUACAAGGAAGGCCGGUACCCGGAAAACAUGGAGAAGUUCACUGUGCAUAAUAACUCCUCGCUGACUGCUGAUGUCCUCUUCUGCCUUCACCAAGACACAAAGGCGACCACAUUUCUAUUGGACCCUCCUUCAAUGUCCCUCAAACCUGAUGAAAAGCAGGUACUGACUGUAUGGGCUUUCCCAACCUCUCCUGGUCUGUUUGAAGAUCGCAUAGUGUGCUGUGUCAAAGAGAACCCAGAACCAGUUAUUUUCAAAAUAUCUUGCCAUGGUGUGCGACCUGAACUGGAACUUGACAGGAAGCAACUACACUUUGAGAAAAUUCUCUUGCACAGAAAGGAGACAAAGACGUUGUAUUUGCGAAACAACAACUUGCUGCCAGUUGCCUGGAAACUUACCGGUUUGGAGUCACUGGGAGAUGAAUUCAUGGUAUCCCAGGAUCAAGGCAUUCUUAUGCCCAAGACUGAAUACGCUCUGCAGAUGCACUUCAGGGCACUGAAGCAAGUCAAUGUGAAGAAGGUCAUCCGGCUGGAGGUGUCUGAUGUGGAUAAUAUCCUUGGCAUCGUCUACACGGAAAACAUUCAAAUCAUGGCAGAGGCAUAUGAUGUAGCUCUAGAUAUAAGUUUCCCAAAAGGUGCAGAUGGGGGACUUGACUUUGGUGUCAUCAAAGUUUCAGAAGAAGCUAAACAGACCCUCAGUUUGAAAAACAAAGGAAAAUAUGAAAUUUCUUACAGCUUCUUACUGGAGACCACUGAGGCAGGAAUGCCUGAACUGAACUCUCACUUCACCAUUCAGCCACAGAAGGGCACCUUAAACCCGAAUGACAGGCCGGCCCAAGUGCAGAUCACCUUCCGUUCUCGCAAAGAGGUGUCCAUUGAGAACAAACCUAUCUUGCGCUGCCAGGUAAUUGAGCCAAAUAUCUCCGAAGGUGGAGAGACCAUUGCCAGUAUCCCGGUGAAGCUCUCUAUCCAGUCCCUCUUCACUAGAUAUGCCUGCGUCCCAACCAAUGACCUCAACUUUGGCUCCAUGAUGUAUGGCACCAGGAAAAUACGGACUUUCACAAUUGAGAACAAGGGCGAGUUUGAAAUUAAGUAUGCAAUCUUCAAGAUGAACAAAGAUGUACCUGGCCAGCCUCAGAAAAAAAGUGGUCCUGGCAACAAACGUGUUCGCUCACGUGAAGGAUCUGUGUCUGGGAAAUCUGUGUCUGUCAGCAAAUCUAAGCGCAGCGAGUCUGUUCAGAGAGACAUGGGCACCGCACAGGUAAGAUUCACUCUGGGAGUGUUCACAGUAUCCCCAGGAUUUGGAACAAUUCCAGUCGGAGGUCAACAAGUAAUAACAGCGGAAUGUGUAAUGGAGCAAGUUGGGAAAUGUGAAGAAUUAUUGGCCAUCGACAUUUCGGAUCGAGAUCCUGAAGAUCAUCCUAAUGGAAUUCCUUACAAGCUCGUGACAGAAGGAUGUGUACCAGGGAUCAUUGUACAUGACAUCCCAUCUAUCUUUGAAGAGCACAGAAUCUGUAAGAACAUUGACUUGUACCAGUGCCUGCAGACUGUUGACUCAGGUGGGAUCUUUGUGGAAGAUGAAAGUAAAUUUCUCUUUAUCAACACCCUGGUGGGGCGGCAAGCCAAAGCCCAGUUUAAAAUCAUCAACUCAGGAAAAAUCCCCUGUGAUGUGUCACUUUACGUCAAGCCCAUUUCCAGCAAAUCUGCCUCACGGAUUAUUGACAUUUUUGAAGUGGAGCCACCCAAGAUGACCAUUCCAAGCCACUCGCACUCUUUUGCAGUUGUGACCUUCUCCCCUCAGACCAUGCAGAGCUAUCAGUGCAUAUUUGAAGCCAUAGUUGAAGGAUACUUCAGCAACAUUUCAAGACCCAAAAGCCUAACAUUUGAUAUUACUGGGGAUGGAAAUCUGCCGCAAGUGACAGUCUUGCGCCCUGUUAUCCGAACCAGGAGUGGAAACCCACUUGUCCUGUUCAGUCGUCUACUGUUGGGCCAGACAGAGAAGCAACCAUUAGUGCUGAAGAAUGAAGGCACACUUCCAGCACAGAUAAACAUUGAUCUAGUGGAUGAGAAUGGAGUAUUUAUUCUGAAUCCAGCCCCAGGCACCCAGUGUGUUUACUUCACGCCUAAUCGUAGAGAAGAGGAGAGAAUGGUCUCAGUGAGAAAUACGCACACUGCCUCCCUCAUUCUGACUCCUGGACAGAUGGCAGAGUUUGGAAUUUCAUUUACUCCUUCAACAGUCCAGCGUUACAGUGGAUCUCUGCACCUUCUGGUGGUUGACAAUCAAUAUGAAGAUAGCGUGAUCCAAAUAGUUGGUGAGGGAUACCAAGAUGAGUUCACUCUGGAUAACAUCUACAGGCCAAAAAGCAGUGACAAGAUGGAGAUCACAGACGUACCUGUAGAUCAGGACACAGUCGAAGCCAAACGUUUAGACCACAUUCAGUUUGGAGACUGCCAUGUAGGGAAGGCCUAUCAGGAGACCUUCACAAUGACCAACCGUACCAGCGCUGACACGAUACGCUUUGAAUGGCCAGCAGAUAUCAAUCAGCUCAAAUUCUUCCCACAGAUGGGUCACGUUCAUGCUGGAUGUUCAAAGAAUGUGACAGUAACCUUUAAAUCUGAAAACCCAGUGUCAUUCAGCUCGCAGACUGUGAAGUGCAAAAUCAGUAAGAUAACAUUUCAACAACCAGUGGAUAAAGUACCAGACUGGGAUACCCGGCUACGGACUGUUAAAUGGCUAGAUACUGGAAAAGAAUCGGGAACUCCUCGAGCAGCCAAGAAGAAGGUGGUUGAGACCGAUCCUGAACCUGCGCACACCAUACUGGAGAACACGGCUCGUGAGCUGGUGCUACGCGUCAGUGCUGUCUGCGAUUUUGUGCAGUUCAAGUGCAAAUCUGAAACCAUUCAUUUUAAAGAUACCCUCCUGUUCCAGACAAGAGUUGUUGAAUUUCAAAUUACUAAUACUGGCAACAUCCAGUUAGAGUACUCCUGGCAUAAAUUAAUGGAGACCAAUGAGAAAGCUGUCAGCUUGUCUAAUAUGCGCACAGACUCAGUUGAAGUAAUCUCUGCUGUGCAAAUGCCUGGAACACGGCCUGGAAGUCGUGCAGUCAGCCUACCUGCAAGUGCAAUUGAGAGUGUCUCAUCCUUGGCUUCUAGUGAUCAGGACUUUAUGCCUUUUACCAUUGAACCCCAGAUUGGAGUAAUUGACCCCGGAAAUAAACAAGGUUUCUUGAUUAAGUUUUCUCCCACUGAAUUAGGCGAAUAUGAGGCACGACUUAUUUGCAGUAUCCCAAAUCUGAUGAACGCUCAAGGACCUACAAUUGCUGUGAAGGGUCGAAGCCUUCUACCAUAUUGCCAUUUUGAUUUGGAAGAUUCUGACUAUAUCCGCAGUAACAAAAGGAAUCCUGAGAUGCGGGGUCCUCACGGAGCUCCUCCAAGAGCUGCUCUGGAUACCAACACCAGAGUUAUUGAGUUCUCAUCAGUUGGGCUCACAACAUCUAUGUCCAGGACCUUCACCAUAAUGAAUCCCACUAGCUCAUCUUAUACCUUCCAGUGGAAGUGUGAAGAUCCAGUGGACAUGAAGGUGCAACCUACUUUUAAGUGCCUUACAGAGAAAGGCAAUGUCAGUGCACAGAAGAAGGCUGAGAUCACUUUUGAGUUUCACCCUCAAAAACUUGAAAUCACUGAGUCUUUCUGGAGCUUCUUGAUUCCGGAACAGAAUAUCCUCGUACCUUUUCUUUUGGUGGGAAGGACAAGAGAGCCUGUGGUGUCCUUGGAUCGGUCCCACCUAAACUACAAGUCUCUCCUCAUAGGCCUGGAGGCUCGGGAGACUGUGUACCUGGUGAACAAUGAAGAUGUGGACUUUGCAUUCUCUUUUCAAGAAAAUUCCCGGUACUCUGAAGGCUUUGUCGAGAGCCUAGAUGUGAAUCCAAUGGAAGGGUCUGUGCCACUUCACAGCAGAAUCCCAGUGGUAAUCUCUUACAAGCCAACUCAUGAAGGGCGAGUGAACUUUAAUUUACUAUGCAAUGUAAAAAGGAAAAGCCAACCUUUGACACUUAAUGUGAAGGCAGAAGCUUAUUCGAUGAAUGCCAACGUUCAGUAUGAGAACUCAGAGGGGACAGUUACUGAGCUCAGUCCAGACAGAGAGAACAACAUCAGCUUCAGCCAGGUGGGACUUAAUGAGAAGAUAUCCAUUGACUUUCACGUAUAUAACACUGGCAGGUUUAUUCUGGAAUUCCACUGGGAGUUCUGGGGACCUGAAGAUGUGCUGCAGUUUCUGAAAAUGCAACCAGAAAAUGGGAGUGUGCAACCAGGGAUGCAGGCUCACUCAACACUGGUCUUCUGCCCCCAGCAUAAAUGCACAUUGAAGAAAACUGGACUGAAGCUAAAAAUUCAGAAUGGGCCCACUUAUAGAUGCUUAUUUGAUGGAGCUGGUGUACCUCCAGGGGUUCAUUUUUCUUUUACCAAAUAUGACUUUGGACCAAAUUUCAUCUAUCAUGCUGGCAUGGUCCCAUCUACACAAAAACUGUGCAUUACAAAUAAAGGAGACAAAGAGGCCAGAAUUGAGUGUCUAUUCUCAAGUACUGCACAUUUAGAAGUGGACUGCCACACCGAGGUCCUGCUUCCCAGUAGUGUCCUGGAGAUUCCUAUAACCUUCUAUCCAAGAGAACCCAUCAUGUAUCAGGAUAAAAUCAUCUUUGACAUCAAUGGAUUCAGCCAGCAGACUGUGGAGAUUCUUGGCCAGGGCACAGAGAUGAAGGUUGAAGUUGAGGAUGCAAAACAUAAAAUUGUGAAUCUGGGAGCUUUACGGACUGGAGAGACAGUAAAGAAGGUCAUUCCUGUGGUCAAUAAAAGCCUUGCUCCUGUGAACUUUGUCCUGGCCCUGACUCAACAGACGUUACUCGACUCUAAGGUAUUAUGUGUCAAUCCAUCAGGUAAUAUAACACUAAAACCCCUUGGUGGCCGCUGUUUGGUGGAAAUAAUAUUUGCACCCAAGCGUCGAAUGGCCACUUUCAUGGAUGAAGUGAUGAUGGAUAGCAGUGGAAUUCUGCGCUCUUUGUUUGCACUACGUGGAAGUUGCCAGGGAAUGGAGAUCAACUUGGAUCAGGACUACAUCCCGUUUGGUGCAGUUGCUCAACGCAGCCAGGCUACCCGCAGAUUAGUAAUGCAAAACACAGGAGAUAUUGGUGCCAGUUUUAAAUGGAAUAUCAACAGUUUUGCUCCUGACUUUGCAAUUCAACCAGAGCAAGGAUAUAUCUCACCUGGCAUGGAAGUGACCUUUGAAGUGACCUUCUCUCCAAAGGAAUUAAGUCAAGAUAUCCGCUAUGAUAAUUUGUUCUGCUCUAUUGAAGGGGGCAAGCCCCUCAAACUGACUCUGGCAGGUUCUUGUGUCAGUGCAUCUGUAGUCAAGGAGGUUGUACAUUUUGCAUGCCAGGUCAGAAGUCGUCAAACCCAAACCAUCACCUUGUCAAACAAAACAAAUAAGCAUUGCACUCUGCAGCCUGUGAUAGAAGGAGAAUACUGGAGUGGACCUCAAGCUUUCACCAUUGAGCCUCAACAGAACAAACCCUACGAAAUCACAUAUAGACCCCUCACCAUGACAACAGAUGGGAAAAAGCAUCAGGGUACAGUGUUCUUCCCUUUUCCUGAUGGUACAGGACUACUUUAUGUGCUUCAAGGCACUGCUGAUCCUCCAAAAGCCAUAAGUACCAUCACACGGGAGGUGCCCUGCAAGACACCCUACUCAGAGCUGCUGUCUAUUAGCAACUGGCUACCUAAGCCACAGAGGUUCCGCGUUAAUAUAGAAUUGAUUAAACCAGAAAAAAUGGAUGCUACUACCCAGUUGAAGGGUUUAGACUACAUUGAUGUUCCUGCAUCAGCAAAGAGGGACUACAAGCUUUCUUUUUUCUCUUACAAGGAAGGGACAUUCAGUGUUAAGGUUACUUUCAAGAAUGAAACAACACAGGAGUAUCUUUAUUAUCUUGUCAGUUUUAAAGCUACACCUCCUACAGCCAUUGGUACCAUUGAGAUGAUUGCGGUGGUGCGACAAAGCGCCUCGGCCACAGUGAGAGUGGAGAACCCCCUGCUGAUUCCUGCAAACUUCCUUAUUGAGUGUAAACAUUCGGAUAUCAGUGUCCCAUCUCAGCUCACUGUGCCUGCACAAUCAGAGGGUUCCAUGAUGUUUGAGUACCAGCCAUUGAAGUCAGGAGAGUUCACCGCUCGUCUAACGCUAACAAACAGUGACCUCGGUACCUUUCAUUAUGACCUUACCCUGAAAGCCAUGCCUGCUGGACUGGAGAAGCCCCUCUAUUUCCGUACCAGUCUUGGAAGCAGCCAGGCUCAGAUGGCCAGGUUUAUAAAUUUCUCACGGCAGAAAGUGGAGUUCGGCUGUAAGAUUGACAGUCCAGACUUCUUGGUAGAAAAGACCAUCAAUGCAGCAGCUGGUUCUCAAGGGGGUUCUGAGGUUUGUGUAGAGGUUUGCUUUGAGCCUUGCCACCUUGGAGAGACCCAGGGACUUCUGACUAUUUCCUCUCCAAUUGGAGGAGAAUAUACAUUUCCACUUUUUGGCACUUGCACAACCCCCAAAGCACAAGGACCAUUUAUUAUUCGGGCUGGUUCUAGUACUUCCAUACCUUUUAAGAACAUCUUCCAACAGACUACCACCUUUUCCUUCCAGGUGGACAACCCGUUCUUCUCAGUGAAGCCUACGGAAACCAUACGUUCUAAGAAAACACACAGCAUUACUGUCUCCUUCGAGGGUAACCCUAUUGAAUCUAAGACACCCAUAACUUGCAAAAUGCUUGUUUCUUGUCCCCGCUCUGAAGGAGUGGGUCAAAGCAUCACAUGGGUUUACUACUUAAGGGGUAUAACUCCUGAAGGAGGACAACGAGAAAAAUCUCAGUAAAAGGGGAAGGCAUGCAUCUUGGGCUCUCAAACUUUUGGUGGUAGUUCUAAACAACACUGAAAGCCCAAACAGACUAGCCUUGAUGCAGAAAACAGUAAAAGGUCUUCUGGUGUUUAGAAAAGUUCAAUAUAAAGCAUAUUCAGAAACUUGGAGUACUGUAUAGACGAUUUGAUUAUCCUUUUCUAUACUGGGUUUUACCUAUUGUUCAGUUUGUAUUCAUAUCAUAUUUCAUUUCUGCUUGUAGUAAUGAAAUAUUUAAUCAACUGUUUUAAAUAUUAAAAAGAAUUGUAAUUUGUAUUUAUAUUACUUGAUGCCUAUAUUAUAACAAUAAUAGUGACUGCUAUUUCAUUUGUAUCGGAUG